AUGUAUCAUGAAAAAUCAUUAAAAAUAUAUCAGUCAGCUCCAAAUAAUGACUUAAACAUGUCAUUUAACUAUCAUGGUCUUGGUAGUGCAUAUGCUAGAAAAAAUGAUCAUGAAAAAGCAUUGGAACAUUAUAAUAAGUCAUUAGAAAUGAAGAAAAAUGUACAAGGUGAUGAUCAUCCGGACGUUGCAGAGUUAUAUCAGAACAUGGGCAUUGUGUAUAGACGCCAAAAGAAAUAUGAUGAAGCUCUUUUAGUUUACAAUAAAGCAUUAAGAAUUCAAGAAAAACAUCUUCCUUCACAUCAUUAUCUUCUCGCAAGAACAUACGGAAAUAUUGGUGUUGUGUAUUACUAUAUGAAGAAUUAUGAUUUAGCUUUACCUUAUUAUGAAAAACAAUUUCAAAUAGAUUCAAAAGCACUUCCACCAACACAUCAAGAUUUGGGUGUUGCAUAUCAUAAUUUCGGCAGAAUUUAUGAAGAAACAAAUAACUUUGAAUUAGCAUUGGAAAAUUAUACUAAAGCCGACGAAGUAUUUCAUCAUUCACUUCCACCAACACAUCGAAGUGUCAUCGAAAAUAAACAACAUAUUCAAAAGAUGAAUGAUGCAUUGAGGGUGAGGAAUGAGGACCCCUCUUGA